AUCUAUACGUUACAGAUGCACGUUACGUUUUUUUUUUUUUUUUUUUUACAGCGAGUUAAAUGCGGGAGGCAAGCGAGCCACAGAGAGAGAGGAAGAGAGAGAGAGAGAGGGAGAGAUAGAUGGCGCGCAUGUUCAGUUCUUCCGUGCGGCUUGCCAAUCAUUCUAGCGAGUUUCCCCACUCUUUCCAUCCCUCUACAUGUGCGCCAGACACACAGAUCUGAGCGGACACUGCGGGGAAAGAAGCGAACGAUCCCACCAUGGAAUAGGAAUACUGCUGGACAAACCGGGGGGAAAAGCGCUCUCUCUCAUCUUUCUUAUUUUUUCCUUUCUUUUUUUUCCCCUGACGCCUUUUCUCUCUCCCCCCCCCCACCCCCACCCCCCCCCUCUCUCUCUCUCUCUCUCUCUCUCCCUCUCUGUCUCUCUCGCCCUCUCGCAUCUCUCCCCUGGUGUCUAUCCCGAUGUCUCUCAACAGUUUCUGAAGGGAUUGAAGAAAAGAAAAAUGAGGAUUAUUAUUUGUCUGGCACUUUCUCGGGGUGUAUUCCGCCCUUUGGGGGCUGGCGUCCGGGGGCUUUCCCCAGCUCAGUGCAGAUAGGUGGUUUGUUCAUUAGGAAUACGGAUCAGGAGUAUACAGCCUUCCGAUUAGCCAUCUUCCUUCACAAUACCAGCCCUAACGCUACGGAAGCUCCCUUUAACCUGGUCCCACACGUCGACAACAUAGAGACCGCCAACAGUUUUGCUGUCACCAAUGCAUUCUGUUCUCAGUAUUCAAGGGGGGUCUUCGCCAUCUUCGGCCUUUACGACAAGCGCUCGGUGAACACGCUGACGUCGUUCUGUGGGGCCCUGCACAUCAGCCUGGUGACGCCCAGCUUCCCCAGCGAAGGAGAGGGCCAGUUCACCCUGCAGCUCCGGCCGUCAAUCAGAGGGGCUCUGCUGUCACUGUUGGACCACUACGACUGGAGCCGAUUUGUCUUCCUCUACGACACGGACAGAGGUUAUGCAAUACUGCAGGCAAUUAUGGAAAGAGCGGGGCAAAACGGAUGGCAGGUGAGUGCUAUCUGUGUGGAGAGCUUCAAUGAGGCAGCUUACCGCCGACUCCUUGAGGACCUGGACCGACGUCAGGAGAGAAAAUAUGUUAUCGACCUGGAACCUGAAAGACUACAGAGCAUCCUGGAACAGGCUGUUAGUGUGGGGAAACAUGUAAAAGGUUACCAUUACAUCAUCGCAAACUUGGGGUUUAAGGACAUAUCUCUGGAGCGGUUCAUGCAUGGCGGGGCUAAUGUGACGGGUUUCCAGCUGGUGGACUUCAGCAGGCCUAUAGUUAUUAAACUGAUGCAGCGUUGGAACAAAUUGGACCAGAGAGAAUACCCCGGAUCUGAGAGCCCACCUAAGUACACCUCAUCCCUUACAUAUGAUGGCGUCCUUGUGAUGGCCGAGGCGUUCCGCACCCUUCGGCGUCAGAAAAUUGAUAUCAGUCGCCGUGGCAACGCUGGUGACUGCCUGGCCAAUCCAGCUGCUCCCUGGAACCAAGGAAUAGAUAUGGAACGUGCACUGAAACAGGUGCGUAUUCAGGGCCUGACUGGAAACAUCCAGUUUGAUCACUACGGCCGGAGGAUCAACUACACUAUGGACGUGUUUGAGCUGAAGAGCAACGGACCACGCAAGAUUGGCUACUGGAACGACAUUGACAAACUCGUGUUGGUCCAGAAUGAAAAUGCUCUGACCAAUGACAGCACGGCGAUGGAGAACCGCACGGUGGUCGUGACAACCAUCAUGGAGGGUCCCUAUGUGAUGCUGAAGAAGAACUGGGAAAUGUACGAAGGCAACGAACAGUUUGAGGGGUACUGCGUGGACUUGGCCUCGGAGAUCGCGAAACACAUUGGAAUCAAAUACAAGAUCUCCAUCGUACCGGAUGGGAAAUAUGGAGCCAGAGAUCCAGAGACCAAGAUAUGGAAUGGCAUGGUUGGAGAGCUCGUGUAUGGGAAAGCAGAAAUUGCCGUUGCUCCACUGACCAUCACUCUGGUGAGAGAAGAGGUGAUAGACUUCUCAAAGCCCUUCAUGUCGCUGGGAAUCUCCAUCAUGAUCAAGAAGCCCCAGAAAUCCAAACCGGGGGUUUUCUCUUUCCUGGACCCGCUGGCCUACGAGAUCUGGAUGUGCAUUGUUUUCGCUUAUAUCGGAGUCAGUGUCGUGUUGUUUUUGGUGAGUCGCUUCAGUCCGUACGAGUGGCACGCGGAGGAGCCGGAGGAGGGAACCACAGAGCUCGGCCCCACUGAUCAACCGCCCAACGAGUUUGGCAUCUUCAACUCCCUCUGGUUCUCGCUGGGAGCUUUCAUGCAACAGGGCUGCGACAUCUCGCCACGGUCUCUGUCUGGACGAAUAGUCGGAGGUGUGUGGUGGUUCUUCACCCUCAUCAUCAUCUCCUCCUACACGGCCAACCUGGCCGCUUUCCUCACGGUGGAGAGGAUGGUGUCGCCCAUAGAGAGCGCGGAGGACUUGGCCAAACAGACAGAGAUAGCCUACGGGACUCUGGACUCGGGCUCUACCAAGGAGUUCUUCCGGAGGUCCAAAAUAGCCGUGUACGAGAAAAUGUGGUCGUACAUGAAGUCUGCCGAACCAACCGUCUUCACCAAAACCACGGCGGAGGGCGUGGCGAGGGUCCGCAAGUCCAAGGGGAAGUACGCGUUCCUCCUGGAGUCCACCAUGAACGAGUACACGGAGCAGCGCAAGCCGUGUGACACCAUGAAAGUCGGGGGGAACCUUGACUAAGGAUAUGGGAUUGCUACGCCGAAAGGCUCACAGUUAAGAAAUGCGGUCAACCUGGCCGUGCUAAAGCUCAACGAGCAGGGCCUGUUGGACAAAUUGAAAAACAAGUGGUGGUAUGACAAAGGAGAAUGUGGCAGCGGGGGAGGGGAUUCCAAGGACAAGUCCUCCCAGGCUCUGAGCCUGUCCAACGUGGCCGGGGUCUUCUACAUCCUGGUGGGCGGCCUGGGCCUGGCCAUGCUGGUGGCUCUGGUCGAGUUCUGCUACAAGUCAAGGGCCGAGGCCAAGCGCAUGAAGCUGUCUUUUUCUGAAGCCAUGCGGAACAAGGCCCGUCUGUCCAUCACGGGAAGUGUCGGGGAGAACGGCCGUGUACUGACGCCAGACUGCCCCAAAGCCGUGCAUGCUGGCCACGCCUCCCUCCGACACCCUGGCCUUGCAGUGAUCUCCUCCGGGCUGCCCUGAAAACCAAAAACACCUUCUGUGCCUUAACGACACUCAAACAUACAGACUCCGACAAGGACGCAAACAGACCCACAUGCAAUUACACACAUGCCAUUUUUCUGUUGCAUAACACAAACUUGCACAGACAGAUACACACAUGAAUAUAUAUAUAAUUACAGAUUUGCAGAGUACUCAUCAUUUCACUUUCCUGCUGCCAUCGACUUCUUUUACAAGAGAUGAGUGAAAAACAACUAUAAAGUGAACAAUGGAGAAAAAAACAAUGGACAACUAAGACUAUCGCACUUGCCUGCAGCAUUCUUUGAAUUUUUUGGGGGGAGGACACCAUCCGGAAAUCAACAAACCAACAGGAAAGCCAGCACGGACUUGAACAUGAAUUUAACUAUGAGCUGUGAAUAUGACCGCAAAAUUGAUCAUGAUGAUGAUGAUGAUGAUGAUGAUAAAGAUGGUUGCAGCUGAUCGUAUAAAAAAAUAAUAAUAAUCUUCGUUGGACAGUGUUGGCUAACGUGCCGCACCCUUGACAGCGCCUUAUUAAGAUUCCAAACAUCAUCAUCAUCAUCAUCAUCAUCAUCCUCAUCAUCAUGGUCAUUGUCAUCUUAACUCGCCUGCAAAGAGUGCCAGGUACUACCACCCUUAGAAGACCACAAAACUGUAAGCUUGAACCUUCGGACUGAGCAAAUUUGCUACUUUGCCACGGAGGGUUCAAAUUGAAUGAAAUGCUUUCUUACGACGCAUAUGGGAUGAUUUCUUGCUCCAAAACCAGCGAGGUAAUCAGCCAAUGCAGGUGUGAACAGGAGCAACCUCGAAAAACAGACACGUGUGGCUGAUCUUGGCCACAGAAUUCACAGGGGUUUGUAAAUGAAAAACUAGUAGUAAUGAACUAAGUCCUUCAUCAACAGCAUCAUCAUGACGGUAGAAAUCCUAAAUAGCAAAUUGAAGAAUACCUUUUGCUCAAUGGCAAAGGCAAAGUUUAAACUGUAUAGGAUGGAAAGAAGAAAAAAAAUUGAAGGCAUGGGCGGAUCUCAAAUGGCUACCAAACAAAGUGCUUCUCAACACGGAUGCUGGGUGAAGGAAAAACGAGUGGUGGAGCAAAUGGGAAUAAUUAAUCCGAAUAACAAGCAAUAGAAAAGGUAAAUCAAAGUUCAUCAUUCGUCGACUGUUUCCCAGCAGGGGGGCGAAUGCAGCAGUUUUGUUUCGAGGUGUUGAGAACCACUGGUGUACGGUGGGUGCGCUUCGUUUCACUGCAACUAUCGGUAUCGUUUUCAAUUUCUCUUAAGCUAAUGACUCUAAUGGGAAGUUUUGUCGUCAUUUGAGAUCUUCGGUCUUUUUCAGUGGCCCGUGGAACGGUAUCGGAAUCAGAGAGCUUGCUUUUUAAAACUGUUGUAAAUAACUGCGUAGCAAAACAGAACUCACCUGUCUUUUUUAAUCAUCUUAAAUAACAAUUCAUUGCAAUAAUGAAUGAAUAUGAAAGAAAAUGCCACUUCUUGUAAUUAAGAUCAAAUCUUUUUUUAUAACUCUACAUAUUAUAUAUACGACAAAUAAAUAAAUAUAUAUAUAUCUAUACGUCUAUAGAGAGCUAUAGAAAACAUUGAUCACAGAUUGUCCGAGGCCAUGGCAUACAUUCUGUUCUAUGGCUGUUUUUUGAUAACUUGAGAAUAAUAAUAAGCCACAGUCUCUGUGUGUCCUGCUCAACACUGAAUGUCCAUCUGGCAGUAACACGGACACACACGUAGAAACGCACGCACACACGUCGUCGCAUACACAGGGUUAGCUGAGAUCACUCCAGCACCGUAAGAGGUCCGGACCGUUUUAUGUGUGUUCGUCUGUUUGUUUCACCAGUAGUUAUUCACUGAUUUUCAGUGUCUCAACACCAACCUUCAGCUGGUGGCCCUCUGAGACAUCAUGUAGGUGCCAGUAUUCAGCACUGGAGCUCUUAGGCGAGCCUCUGGAGAGGAUGGGCUACUGCGAUAAGGGAAACGAAGCUGUCCCGACAUUUGGCAGGCGUAGCAUUUGUGUUGCUUUUCCUUCCCGCCUCGAUGCUUUUUGUUAUUUGUCUUCUCAUCAGAUGUAAGUCGGCUUCAGACUGAAAGCUGAAACAAACUCAGAAGGGUUUGCACGCGUUGAGGACGUGAUUUCAUCCUGCAAUAGGAAUCUGUCAAACGGCAUAUGGCGGCCGAUGAAUUCCUUCCGGCUCUCGUGCUGGACAUUCGUUUUACAUCACAACCAAUCAAAACACUGAAAAGAGUCUAAUUGUUUUGUGAAACUCACGCACAGACCUCAACCGCAUCAGUCUGCAUGUAUUCAAGUGAAACUUAACAGACAGAAGUAGGCUGGAAAUAAUAAGGAAGGCAGUUUCCACCCCUCCUCUCAGCCCGGAGCAGCACUGCAUCAAUCCCACAUGAGAGAAGUGCUGGAAAUAGUUCGUACAGUCGAUACAUUUGUGGAGCUGAUCAAACCGUCGCCGCAGCGGGAGGCAGUGAAACUGUACAUGACACUGUUCUGUUUCUCUUUUUUCCACCUCCAGCACAUAAGUAGACGGCGAAAAGCAGACUGUACACAUUCUGGCUUGGACAUUAUUUCUUUACUUCUUUGUUUUUUGUCUUACCAUUUGGUUUCUUUUUCUAGUAAAACAUCAAUGCUGAA